AUGCUGCCUCGUGUGCCUCCUCAGGGUUUCUCAUAUCUUGCUUUCAACUCCUGCCUUCGCUCGCGGCCAACGAACUCACUCAGGUUCUUUUCUCAUUGGCCGAGGUGUACCCAGCAUGAAGAAGGCACAAGGCGCCACAAAAUACCGCUCGUGAAGCGUAUUGGAGACAAGGUCGCUACUUUUCCCCUCGGGGCCGCAAAGGAUCCAUACCAAGUCCUGGGAGUGAAAAAGGAUGCAAGUCAGGCGGAAAUCAAGAAGACCUACUUCUCACUGGCUCGGAAAUAUCACCCCGACACCAACCCAGACAAAAGUGCUCAGGCGAAAUUUCUCGAAAUACAAGAAGCUUAUGACAUCCUGAAAGAUGAGCAGAAACGAGCAAGCUACGAUAAAUACGGCGCAGCUUCGCAGCAACCAGGCUUCGAUCCAAAUGCGUUCAGUGGCUUUGGGGGACGCGCAGGGGGAUUCCAGGACUUCGGCGCUGCGUUUGGAGGCGGAGGCGGUGGGGCGUCAGACUUGUUCAGCCAGCUAUUUGGCGCGUUUGGGAACGCAGGACCUGGUUUCGGCGAGGCGUCAACGCGCGGAGCUGACCUGGAGGCUACUAUCGGGAUAAGUUUCCUCGAGGCUUGCAAGGGAACUGUGCGGAAGGUUAACGUGUCCCCCGUUGUCAAUUGCAAUACGUGCACGGGUACUGGCCUGAAGAAGGGUGCCAAACGGACAACAUGUCGUACUUGUAACGGCACGGGAACUCGCACUUUCGUCAUAGAUAGCGGCUUCAGGAUGGCCAGUACAUGUCCAGAGUGUAGUGGGGCUGGGAGCAGCGUUCCUCUUGGUGGAGAAUGUACCGUCUGCCACGGUGUUGGUAAGUUGCGGAUGAAAAAAUCCGUGCAAGUCGAUAUCCCCGCAGGUGUUGAAGACGGCAUGACGAUACGGAUUCCAAAAGCGGGUGAUGCCUCAAUACGGGGUAGCGGCACCGGCGAUCUAUUGGUUCGCGUCAAUGUCGCGCCUUCAAAAGUCUUCGUCAGGCAAGGGGCGAACCUAUAUCACAAAGCCAAAAUUCCCUUGCACACAGCCCUGCUCGGAGGCCGAGUUCGCGUUCCAACUAUAGACGGGGACGUGGAUGUCCGCGUUCCGGGGGGCACUCAACAGGGCGAAGAAAUGGUGCUCAAAGAACGCGGGGUUGCUUCUGUGUAUGGUGGCGAUAAAGGGGAUCUCUUUAUUGCCUUUUCGGUCCAACUUCCCAGGUCACUCACUCCGCGACAGCGGGAACUAUUACAAGCGUAUGCUGACGAUGUAGAGGGUCGUGUUCCGCGCAAGGAGACUGUGGUAGACCCUCCCAAUAAGGGACCCAUCCAUGAAGACGAAGACCCGUCAGCAGACCAGUCGGAAGAGGAGAGGGGGAAGCGCGCAACCGCAUAA